AUGGCUCCAAUUACCACCAAGGACACUCAAGCUGCUAAGAAGUUCGUUGUUGACACUUCUGCCCCAGUCGAGAACGCUGUUUUCGACCAGGAGGCUUACAUCAAGUACUUGGUCGAGCACAUCAAGGUUGACGGUAUCAUCGGUAACUUGGGUGAGUCUAUCUCCGUCACUGAGGAGGGCACCAACGUUGUUGUUGUCUCCACCGCCAAGUUCUCCGGUAAGUACUUGAAGUACUUGACUAAGAGAUACUUGAAGAAGAACCAGCUCAGAGACUGGAUCAGAUUCGUUGCCGUCAAGAGAAACCAAUACCAAUUGCAGUUCUACUCUAUCGCUGAGGACGACGAGGAUGACGAAGAGUAA